UUAGUCACGGGUUCCUGAAGAAUAGAUCAUUCUAUCAUGUUUUCACUGAUGAUUGUAAUAGAGUGGUUUUGAUGAGACUAUUCAAUAUACCAUAUCCAGAUACAUUGUAAAUGAACCCCUCUCCCUCAGUCUCUCCUAAGGACACCUUGGCCUCCAUCAGUCCAGCUGAUCCAGUAUUAGUGGGCAGCUGUGUUAAUCUGACCUGCAGCAGUACAGCCAAUCCUCCUGUGACAACCUUCACCUGGUUCCAGAUCAGUGAGGGUAAAACAACACAGGUAGCAUCUGGACAGCGUUACACCCUCAAUGUGACUGUUGAUGGAGGACUGUACUUCUGUGAAGCAAGAAAUAAUAAUAAAUGCAUCUCAGUGCAAGAGGCGUCACUACAGUCCCUGGUUUGAUUCCAGGCUGUUUCACGUCCGGCUGUGAUUGGGAGUCUCAUAUGGCGGCGCACAAUUGGCCCAGCUUUGGCCAGGGUAGGCAGUCAUUGUAAAUAAUAGUUUGUUCUUAACUGACUUGCCAAGUUAAAUAAAGGUUCAAUUUAAAAUUGGACGAAAAGAAAAUGAUGGGCUUCACCCUAUUUGGUGAAAGACCAUCUUCUGUAUACCAUCCCUACCUUGUCACAACACAACUGAUUGGCUGAAACGCAUUAAGAAGGAAAGAAAUUCCACAAACUAACUUUUAACAACCUGUUAAACACCUGUUAAUUUAAAUGCAUUCCAGGUGACUACCUCAUGAAGCUGGUUGAGAGAAUACCAAGAGUAUGCAAGGCUGUCAUCAAGGCAAAGGGUGGCUCAUUUGAAGAAUCUCAAAUAUAACAUAUAUUUUGAUUUGUUUAACACUUUUGGUUACUACAUGAUUCCAUAUGUGUUAUUUCAUAAUUUUGAUGUUUUCACUAUUCUACAAUGUAGACAAUAGUAAAAGAGAGAACCCUUGAGUAGGUGUGUCUAAACUUUUGACUGUAUAUAAUUAGUAGAAAAUUAUACUACUUCUUUUGAAAAUGCAAAUAAUUUUGUUCACUUAUAAGGAAUAGGAAGUACAUCACAUGCCAUUGUCCAACUUGAAUUGCAACACUUCAGUUUGUCAGAACUCACUAUGGGUGUGAUAUCAUCUCCUUUUCUGUGAUCGCUUUUCAAGAUCGUAAGGUGAUCAGUAGUGUGUGAGAUCUCACAUGGCUUGUCCUGAGAACAUGUUUUUUCUCAUUGUCCUCUUUAUAUCAGGUGUUUUGGUCUGUUUUGGCCAACGAGAUUUGAUCACCACAAUGCCAGAUAGACUGGAUGUACUGACGGGCUCCUGUGUGCAAAUCCCAUGUUCAUUUGAUAUUCCUGACCAACAUAAGGAUACAUUUAACAGCACAAUACUUACCUCUGGAGUGUGGAUUAAAGAAAACUCAAACUUUGGUGAGCGUCCGGACAAUGUGAUAUUUAACAGCAGUAAGACAGUCAACAGAUAUCAAGGGAAGAUAACUGGAAACAUGUCCCAGAAGAACUGCACCACAGUCUUCUUCAAUGUAACCACCAAUUACACUGAUGUAUACUUCUUCAGGAUUGAGAGUCAACCAUUCCGUGCAACAGACUAUGAUAAGUCUGUUUAUAUAGAUGUCAGGGAUUUUCCUUCCAGUCCCGUCCUUUCUGUCUCAGGUGAAGUGAAGGAAGGGACCCUUGUCAGUUUGAACUGCUCUGCUGUCACUCCCUGUCCCGAACACCCCCAUGAGCUGACAUGGACUCUCCCAACACAGUUCACAACUGAGAACCAACUGCAGGAGAAUCCAGACCAAACCAAAUCAGUUCUCUCCACGGUGACCUUCACUCCGUCAUACCUUCAUCAUGAGAAGAACAUCACUUGUACUGCAGUCUACCCAGUAGGGACAAGCAACAAGACAGCUGAACAUAACAUGAUGCUUAACGUUUCAUUCUCUCCUAAGGACACCUCAGCCUCCAUCAGUCCAGAUGAUCCAGUAUUUGUGGGCAGCUGUGUUAAUCUGACCUGCAGCGGCACAGCCAACCCUCCUGUGACAAACUUCACCUGGUUCAAGAUCAGUGAGGGUAAAACAACUCAGGUAGCAUCUGGACAGAGUUACACCCUCAAUGUGACUGUUGGUGAUGGAGGACUGUACUACUGUGAAGCAAGAAAUAGUCAAGGCUGUGGGAAGUCAAAUGAAGUGCAGCUGGCUAUAAAAGGGCAAGAAGAGCCUGUUAACCCAAAGGUUUUUGAGAUUGUAGGAAAAACCUUGGGGUUGAUUUUCCUCUUCAGCCUGAUCAUAUUCUUUGCAUGGAGGAGGAGAACAUCUAGACUCCCCAGUGGGUUUGACAUGACAGACCGUUCACAGGGACUGGUGGGAAUGAACUCCCCGGUUGGGACAGUGUGCUCUAACCAGGCCACGGUCAGUAGAGGGAACCAGUAACCACCACUUAACAACCUAGAUGGUCUUUAAGUCAAUAAAAGAGGUGCAUUUUAUGUAUUUUUCCAAUGGGUAUUAAGUAUUUUUAUGAACAGUAUUGUCAUUGUGUAUUAGUUUUAAAUUGAUACUUUUGUUACAUUUAUAAUUGUGUACUCUUUGAUUAUCUGCAUAUUUGUAGAAUUUGCUGGGAUGAAAGGUAUUUAACUGUUACUAUAGUGUUGAUAUGAUGAUGCAGGCUACUCUUUAUUUUAGACCAUUUAUUUUGAGUGUUGAGUUCACAGAGCAUCUGUUUAAUGGGUUCCAGUAUAGAGGAACUGCUGAGUUCAACUAGCUCACUGAAGGCAGUUUAAGACCAUAUAAAGUCAAUGAUGACUGAGGAGAGAAGACACAGUUAGUUGGAGAGACAGUGGUCUGAUACAAGACAGGAAGUUGGUGCAGGAAGUCUACAUGAUGGCAGAAUGGUGUUAACAUCUACUAGUCACUGUUUAUCUUCAUCUUUUGUGCAAUUCCCAGAAUAACAAUGUUAUCUACUUUCAUCUAUUUCGAAAUUAUCGCGUCAGCUUUUAUGUUGAGUGUUAAAUUGAAGAAACAAAUGAGAAUGAAUUUAUUAAGGUUGUUUAUUAAUUAAUUGCCCUGCAAUAAACCUUUACAUUCAAUUUCCAUGAAAUCUUUUGGUCUUAUUGGUCCAACAUUUAACAUCUCAUUAAAAUUGAUUAAAUUGA